AUGAUCGGCGUAGACUUUACUGAGAUCGAUAAAACGACGAGAUAUCAACUUCUUUGCAGCGCUGUUGUUCCUCGACCGAUUGCAUUCAUUAGUACGAUUGAUAGUAGAACAGGCAUAAAAAACCUUGCACCGUUAUCUUUCUUCAAUUGUGUUACUAGUGAACCUCCAACUGUGAUGUUUUCUCUAACUAGGAAACGCGAUGGGAGCAAGAAGGAUACUUUAAUUAACAUCGAAAAUGAAAAGCAUUUUAUUAUAAAUCAUGUGACGAAAGAGCUCUUCCCUCAAGCUUAUGACGCGUCUGCUGAGUUCGCAUCGGACAUUGACGAAUUCGAUGUCGUUGGUUUAACUGCAUUACCUGGCUUCAAGGUGAAUUCUCCAAGAGUGAAAGAAUCACCGAUCCAUUUCGAAUGCGAACUGUAUAACUCAAUGCAGGUGGGUGAUGGAAAUUAUGGUAGUUCAACGAUCAUUGUUGGGAAAGUAGUUUAUAUGCACAUCGAUCAAUCCCUCUAUCAGGAUGGAAUUUUAGACAUGUCAUCGAUUACAACUGUAUCAAGAUUAGGAGGUAUGAGUUAUGGUUAUGCAGAAAAGAAAUUUGAUUGUGACAAAGAGACUUGGAAUGUAACAAACUGGUGA